UACAAUUGUUUAUCUUUUCAGAAUUGACAGUAUGGAGCAGAACUUUACAAAUCUGACUAGUGACCCAGUAGGCAUAUGUGAUACUUCAGAAUCAAAAACAUUUCAAUUCUAUGCAUGGGGAAUCGUGGCUAAUAUUAUCUCUGCUUAUGGAAUUAUUGGUAACAUCCUGUCCGUUAUAGUGCUACGUCACAGGAUCAUGCAGAACUCGACAUCUUAUUAUCUUAUCUCGCUUGCUAUUUAUGAUACAAUUGUACUGUUGUCAAUGUCCCUAUUUUUAGCUAUUCCUACGAUUUAUUUAGCGAAGGGAGAUUUAGAGGAUUACUACUAUGCUUAUAUGUACAUGCAUCCAUUUUGUUAUCCUGUUGCACUUUUUGCUCAAACUGGAACAAUUUACACCACAAUGGCAUUUACAAUAGAAAGAUACAUUGCCGUCUGCAGACCUUUAGAAGCAGCAAAUACAUGUACACUUUCCCGAACAAAAAGAGUGAUAUGUCUGAUAUUUGUUUCAUCAUUGGUCUACAAUUUACCGAGAUUCUUAGAAUAUGAAACUGUACAGUACAUUGACCCCAGUAGUAAUACCACACUUCCAAACAUUCAGCUUACACAAAUUGGGACCAAUGAAAUUUUCCGCCAAGUUUAUUUCAUUUAUCUAAAUCUUUUUACAAUGUUUCUGCUUCCGUUUUCAUUUCUUGCAGUAUUAAACAUCCAAUUAAUUCGUGCAGUCAAAGUAGCCAGAAAUGCAAGGAUUAAGAUGAGUACGUCUGCUUCUAAGGAAGCGAAUUUGACGGUAAUGCUAAUUGCGGUUAUCAUAGUCUUCUUGGUCUGUCAAUUACCAUCAAUAGCCGACAAUAUCCUCUGGACUAUAUUUGAAAAAGGACAAUUGCACUGCUCAAUACAUUACAUAAGAUUUACAACCAUGAGUAAUCUUAUGGUGGUGGUUAAUUCGGCUAUAAACUUCAUCCUUUACUGUUUAUUCGGUAAACGAUUCCGUAAAGUAUUCAUUAAAAUCUUCUGCAAAUGGAAGAAGACAGAGCCACAAUUCAAAUACAUUAUGUAUGAUAGUGUGGUUAUAAACACUGGCAGUCGAAGGGUACUGAACCCUACAAAGUUUUAUGACACCGAUAGUACAUUUGUAUAAAAGGAAAAAAACAACUUUAUGAUGUAAAUUACCGUUAAAUGAAUAUGACAAGUAAUUGACUGGACAGGAAAUAAGAGAAAAUUGAACACUUAACAAUUAUAU